AUGCUGCCACCGCGCCAGACUGUCGCUUCAGCACAUGUUGCUGAACCCCAGUUGAAUAGCGAGCAGGCAUUGGCUCAGGACAUUGCCCCUCGAUACCCCUAUAACCGUGACCUCACAAAGCCCUCACGCGACCGAAUCCGGCCAGAGGCGGUCCUGUCGUACAUGACGUCCCUUCCAGCACAACCACGGGACCUUGGGAAUACCAUCGGUACCUUCAAGUAUCUAUACCCUGCCGUCUUCUUGUCCGCCAAGCUGAACGACGCACCGGAGAACUACGAUGCCGCAUAA